AUGGUGGGAUCAGGUUCUUCAGGUGGAGAUUUACGAACUCCACAGUUUGAUGGUGCAAACUAUGAUUUUUGGGCUGUCAAAAUGGAGACCAUUCUCAUAGCACAUGAUCUAUGGGAUGUAGUUGAAGUCGGAGUACAACCUCAGUCAGUUCUUAAGGAGGAAGAAGACUCUGGAGGUGAAGGAAGUGAAGCUGAGCAAGUUCUAGUGGAAGCACCAGCUAUCUCCAGAGAAGAUAAGAUAAAAAAUGCCAAGGCAUUGAGUCUCAUUCAAGGAGCUUUAACUGAUGAGCUCUUCCCUCGCAUCAGAAAUGAAAAGACUGCAAAAGGAGCUUGGGAUACUUUGAGAAGAGAGUUCAGAGGAGAUAAAAAAGUAAGAGCUGUAAAACUCCAAGCUGUUAGAGCAGAUUUUGAGUAUAUGAGAAUGACUGAUGGUGAAAGCUUAGAUAGCUAUUUGGCUAGAUUUUUUGGAACUGUGAAUAACCUGAAAUCUCUUGGUGAAGAUGUGUCUGAAACAAGAAUUGUGCAAAAACUUUUGAUGAGUCUAAGUAGAAAAUAUAAGUCCAUUGUGUCUAUUAUUGAAGAAACUCGAGACCUUGAUGUUCUUAGAGUUGAAGAGGUCAUUGCCUCUGUCAAAGUUUAUAAUAAAAGGGAAGACUUGCAUGAUGAAAGAGAUAAAGUGGCUGGAACUGAGAGAGCUUUUAGUAGCCUCAAGGUUGGAAAUAACCAAGUUCAUAGCACUCAUAAGGGCUCACAGAGUAGACCAAAUCAAAAGUGGCAGGGACAAGACAAAAAGGGAUCAAAUUGGUCUCAAAAUAACAAUGGCUCAAGCUGGAAUAAUAAUCCUGGAGGAAAUUGGAACAAUAGCUUCAAUUCUCAGAACAAGCAAGGUAGUAGCAGUCAAGGAAGUGUGAAACCACAGUGCCAAGUCUGUCAGAAGUAUCAUUUUGGUGUGUGCAGGCACAAAGGCAAACCUAGAUGUGGAAAAUGCAAUAGGUUUGGUCAUACUGCAAAAGAUUGUGAAGGCAACAAGCAGGUGGCUAACUGUGCAAAGGAGGAAGAGGUAACCACAGGCACCAUGUUCUAUGCUUGCCACUCUGCAAGUAUGAAAAAUGGAAGUGUAUGGUUUGUGGACAGCGCCUGCAGCAACCAUAUGACUUCUCAAGAGUCUGUGUUAAUAAACAUUGAUAGGACUGUGACUUGCAAAGUUAAAAUGGGCACUGGAGAUCUUGUACAAGCAACUGGAAAAGGCACUCUAGUGGUUGAAACUCAGCAUGGGAGAAGGUAUAUACAUGAAGUGUUGCUUGUUCCGAGCUUGGAUGAGAAUCUAUUGAGUGUAGGCCAAAUGAUGAAGCAUGGUUACUAUGUCCCAUUUGGGGGUAACAUGGCAAUUAUUUUUUAUGAUGGUAGCCUCAACAAUGUUGUAGCUAAAGUGGUCAUGGGAGGAAAUAAAUGCUUCCCUCUCUCACUAGAAUCUAUGACACCUGUAGCAAGAAGAGCAUCAGUGACUGAAGACUCUUGGAUCUGGCAUAGAAGUCUUGGACAUUUGAAUUUUGUUAGCAUGAAAAAGAUGCAGCAGAUGGAAAUGGUGACUGGACUACCUGUGUUAACCAAAAUGAAGGAUGUGUGUGAAGGUUGUGUUUCAGGAAAACAUCACAGAGAGAAGUUUGACAAAGAGGGAGCAUGGAGAGCAAGUUGUCCACUAGAAUUAGUGCACACAGACUUGUGUGGACCAAUGCAAAAUGAGUCAAUUGGUGGAAAUAGGUACUUCAUCACAUUCAUUGAUGAUUUUUCAAGAAUGUGCUGGGUAUACUUUCUUAGAAAUAAAUCUAAUACCUUUAAUGUGUUCAAGAAAUUCAAAGCUUUUGUUGAAUUGCAAAGUGGAUUUAGUUUGAAAAAGCUAAGGAGUGAUAGAGGUGGUAAAUAUACCUCACAUGAGUUCCAAGAAUUCUGUGCAAGCAUGGGAAUGGAGAGGCAACUAUCCAUUGCCUACUCUCCUCAGCAAAAUGGAGUUGCUGAGAGGAGAAAUAGAACAAUAUGUGAAAUGGCAAGAUCCAUGAUGAUAGAGAAAGGUAUCCCUGUGAUUUUUUGGGCAGAAGCUGUAAGUACAGCUGUGUAUCUCCAAAACAGGUGUUUUACAACAUCUGUGUCGAGCAAAACACCAUUUGAAGCAUUCACAAAAAGAAAGCCAGGAAUCAAGCAUCUGAAAGUGUUUGGUUGUAUCUGUUACACACAUGUCCCAACACCUUUGAGGCAGAAAUUUGAUGACAAGGCUAGAAAAGGAGUGUUUAUGGGGUAUGGAAGCUGUGAAAAGGGUUAUAGGGUGUAUGACCUGCAAUCUAAGAAAAUUGUGCUCUCAAGGAGUGUAAUUUUCAACGAGGACAAGGCAUGGAUUUGGAAGAGUGAUCAAGAGGAAUCUGUUCUAAUACCAUUCAACCUUGGAGGAAAUGAAACAGAAGCUGAAUUUGGUGAAGAACAAACUGAAGCAACUCAGUUUGAUAAUGGUGGUAGCCUCACUCAAACACUAUUGUUGAUGUUUCAGAUGAGAAUAGAAAAUUAUCAAGAAGCAGCAAGUGAUAUAGCUUGGCAAGAAGCUAUGAAUGCAGAGUUGGAAAUGAUAGAGAAAAAUAAUACUUGGGAAUUGGUUGAGAGGCCAGCUAAUAAACCUGUUAUAGGUGUGAAGUGGGUGUUUAAGACUAAACUUAACUUGGAUGGAACUCUUCAAAAACACAAAGCUAGGCUUGUAGCAAAAGGGUAUGCACAGAAACCCGGAAUUGACUACAAUGAAACCUUUGCACCAAUGGCAAGGUUAGAUACAAUUCGAACUCUUAUUGCACUUUCAGCUCAAAAGGGUUGGAAACUGUUUCAGUUGGAUGUUAAGUCAGCAUUUCUAAAUGGGGUGCAUGAUGAGGAAGUAUAUGUAGAACAACCUGAAGGUUUUGAACUGAAAAAUGCAGGUCACAAGGUUUACAAGUUGAGAAAAGCCUUGUAUGGACUUAAGCAGGCUCCUAGAGCCUGUGAGAGGAUGCUUGCUGAGUUUAAAAGGGAGAUGAUGCAAAGAUAUGAAAUGUCAGAUCUUGGUCUCCUUCAUCACUUCUUGGGCAUGGGAAUACUACAAACUGAUCAAGGGGUUUUCAUUCAUCAAAGCAAGUAUGCCAAAUCCUUGCUUGUGAAGUUUGGACUUGAAGACUGCAAACCUGUCUCAAUUCCUUUGCCUACUGGUGAGAAACUAAAAAAGGUGGAUGGGAGUGAGUUAGCUGAUGAAGGGCUCUACAGAAAAAUAGUAGGAAGCCUACUGUAUUUAACUGCAACUAGACCUGAUCUAAUGUAUGCUGCCAGCCUGCUAUCAAGGUUCAUGAAUGGUCCUACAAAAAAGCACAUGGGAGUUGCAAGAAGGUUUCUAAGAUAUGUGCAAGGGACUCUUAGCUAUGGCAUUGAAUAUGUGAGAAAUCAGUCAGCAACCCUUGUUGGAUUCUGUGAUGCAGAUUGGGCAGGCAGUGAGGAUGAUAGCAGGAGCACCUCUGGCUAUGCAUUCAGUUUUGGAAGUGGAGCAUUCUCUUGGGCCUCUGUGAAACAAAACACAGUGGCACUAUCAACAACAGAAGCUGAGUAUGUCUCAGCAUCUGAAGCAACAUCAUAG